AGAUAUUAUUGCAAUAUGUGUUUGUAUAGCACCUUAAAAUGACAGCUGAAACCAAAUUAAGUAUGGCAUUCGGUGGCUUUAAUCAUAUUUCAAAUAUAUACACACACAAUUGAAGUGAUGAUUAUCAUUCUCAUCUAAUCCCCAAACGUGAGUCUGUGCUCUUUUCCUCUCCUGCUAAUUGUUGUCGUGGAUUUGGGUGGCGCUUACACCCUGUUUGUGCUCUCCAUUUAUUCUGUACCCACUGUAUUCUCACCCUUUUUCAGGGUCCCCCUGGAAGAGCUGGCUUUCCGGGUGACAAAGGAGCAAUGGGAAUGCCUGGAAGAAUGGGCUUACAGGGCAAGCCUGGUGAUAAGGGGACACCUGGGGAACCUGGAAUGUCCAUUAUUGGGCCACGAGGACCUCCCGGUCAGCCGGGAUCAAGAGGUUUUCCUGGAUUUCCAGGUCCAAUAGGUAUGGAUGGAAAGCAAGGCGACGCUGGUCUGAAAGGUGACAUGGGUGCUAAAGGGCCUAAAGGAGAUAAGGGUGACAUUGGGCCAAAAGGUGAAAAGGGUAUAUGUGCAGACUACCAUCAUAAGGGUGAGCAGGGGCAGACUGGCAUACAAGGACCUCCAGGUCCACCUGGUCCCCCAGGAACCCCAGGAAAUCCAGGAGACACUGGACCUCCAGGAAAACCAGGAGAAGAAGGAAGUAGAGGCCCUGCAGGUGAAAGAGGAGAAAAGGGAGAGCGGGGAAUGCCAGGAUUGCCAGGGAAGCUAGGAGUUAAGGGCGACAAAGGAGAGCCUGGCAUGCCUGUCAUUGGAAUGAAAGGUGAACCAGGUGUGCAAGGACCUCCAGGGAUUAAGGGAGCCAAGGGAGAUCAAGGCUCCAAGGGUGAAUCUGGGGACAUUGGGAAGCGUGGGUUACCAGGAAAAGAUGGCCAAAAGGGAGAACCUGGUGUCCCUGGACCAGAAGGGCCAAUCGGACCUAGGGGUCCACCUGGCCUCCAGUAUGAACCAGAAAAGAGUGAUAUAAUAGAUUACAAUGGAAAUGAAAACAAGAACCUGCAGGAAAUAAGAACAUUAACGUUAAUGGGCCCUCCAGGACUGCCAGGUCCUCCUGGUCCUCCAGGCGUUCCAGGAUCUCCUGGUGAAAAGGGUGAAGUUGGUUUGCCUGGUGCACCAGGUCUUGAUGGCGAAAAGGGUCCUCGAGGUAAACCAGGUGAGCAAGGUCUUCCAGGUGGUGAAGGCCCAAAAGGAAGAGAUGGACAGAAAGGAGAAUCUGGAAUAAUAGGCCCUCCAGGGGUCAAAGGAGAAAAGGGAGAUACCGGUCAACCAGGUCCUUCAGGUUUGGAUGGUCCUACUGGUGAAAAAGGUGAACCAGGACCAACUGGUAUUGGAGGAACUGCCGGGAUGCCUGGAGUGCCGGGUCAAAAAGGAGAAGAUGGCGAGAAAGGGGAGAAAGGAGAUAUGGGCAGUGGGCUCCCAGGACCACCAGGAACAGAUGGACCACCAGGCCCCAUGGGUCCUUCAGGAUUUCCAGGUCCAAAGGGUGAGCCUGGUGCUGAUGGUGCAAAGGGAAUUAAAGGGGAUCCUGGUGUAAAGGGUGAGAAAGGAGACAGAGGCCCACUUGGACUCCCCGGUGCACAUGGCUUAGACGGCAGGCCUGGCCCAGUGGGAGCACCAGGACCAAUUGGUGUGGCAGGGCUAGCAGGACCAAAAGGAGAGCGGGGUGACAAAGGAGAUCCAGGAGAAAUAGGACCAAUAGGCCCCCCAGGAAUUCCUGGUUUAAUUGGACCAUCAGGAGAGAAAGGAAGUCGGGGGGAGAGGGGAAAGAAGGGCAACAGGGGGGCCAAAGGGGAUAAGGGAGACCAAGGAGCACCUGGAUUAGAUGCCCCCUGUCCUUUGGGUGAAGAUGGUUUGCCUGUACAAGGAUGCUGGAAUAAAUGACAAAUUUAACCUUGGAGUGUCAAUGUGUGUGUCUGUAUAAAGAGUACUUAUUUUUAUACAUGAAUUUUUGUAAUAUUCUACUGGACCAAAAUAAUAAGAAGUAUAGCAAAGCAGACAUGCAAUAUUUAUUUGCAGUAUUUCAGUAUCUCCCUUCAGAAUUAAAAUGAAAAUUAGAAAAUAAUAAAAAACUAAAUUAUUCAGAAGCCUGGAGAGUGAAGUAAAUGAAACCAUUGCUGCCAAAGUUGUUUUUAAUUUUAAAUGACUUUUAAUUUUUUUAUAAAUCAAAUUUAAUCCCUAUAUUAAAUUAUGGCUAUUUAGUUGUAAUGAUCUAAAUAAGAAAUAGUGCACCAAAAAUUAUAAAAGAAACAGAUUCUAGUUGAAGGAAAGGACACAAAUAUUAAACUGGGUUUAAUAGUGUCUGUACUGCACAUUUUGAAAAAAAAAUCUGUUUAAUGUAAAUGGAAAUAUAUUAAUACAUUUUGUUUGUGGAUAUUUCAUUAAAUUACCAGUUGAAAAGUACGUCUUUCCAUAGUGCUGAAAUAUUUUAGAAAUUGGUUUGCUUUAAGAAGCAAUCCACAGCAAUGUAAAUAGAAAUAAAUAUGAUGGAAUAUUUAGGCUGUAGAGCACAUGGCUUCUGUUUUCUUAUAAAUGCGCUCUGACUUCAUUUUUUUAACUGUGUCGUUUUGCACACCAGGAAAUGAAUGAGCUGUUUAUUCUUUAAAUUUGUUACAAAGAAUCACUGUAUUAUAUGUAUGAUAUUUUUCUAUUUUGAUAUUCUUUUAUACAUGUCUGUUUUGCACAGGAUUUUGUAUAAUAAACUUAAAGAUCAAUUCUUAUUUUUUGCGUUUCAUGUGUUCUGCCAUUGCACUUAUCCUACCAUCACUGUAUUAAUUAUGUGAUACUUUGGCAUUUUGUAAGAAGAAACAUGCAGUAAAUCUGCAACCUUCAGCUGGGAAAUGUGUAAGGCUGAAAAGAAUGAAUUGCUUUGAGAUGUUUAUGUAUUUAAACCUUGAACGUAUAUCUUCAGACUUUGUUAAAUAUGCUAUAGUUUCUCCUGCAUUGCAUUUUCAUGUUUUGUUUUUAUAGUGUACAGUAGUGCAAAAGCUGCCUAAGGUCUGCUCCUUUGUUAAUUUGAUUUAAUAUUUAUCUCUCAAAGCAUUUCACUCUUGGAGUGCAUGAAUAUUUCUCAAAAGAUGCAUAUGAGCUGAAUGUGUGUUUUGGUUUACUGUUUACAUGACUGAGUUGGUUAAAUAUUGAUCUGCUGCAAUGCCAGUUUAGCCUGUCACAUCUGAAUCUUAAUGUUAAUUGCUAUUAAAGCUUUGAUGUUUUUGUUUUCCUGUAUUGUUCUGACAAUGUUUUCAGACACUGGAUGUCUGGACCUUUGAUUAUAUUGGCACAACUUUAAUAAAGUUAAAACAUGAUGUUUU